AUGGGACUCAUAGUAGAAGUUGAAACCGUUGAUGAAAACGACGACGUUUUGAUUCCACCUCCUAAUUUCUCCAUGGUGGAAGAUUGCAUUUACCGAUCUAGCCUUCCCCAGCCUCCCAAUUUUCCCUUUCUUCAAACGCUAAACCUUCGUUCCAUCAUAUUCUUGUGUCCUGAACCCUAUCCGGAAGAGAAUUUGGAGUUCCUAAAGUCACAGAAUAUUCGCCUAUUUCAAUUUGGAAUUGAGGGGAAAACGGAAGUUUCUUUACCUAUUCUCAGGGAUUCAAUUAUGGAGGCUUUGAAAGUUUUACUUGAUGUGAGAAAUCACCCUGUUUUGAUUCAUUGCAAACGAGGAAAGCAUAGAACAGGUUGCUUAGUUGGUUGCUUCAGAAAGAUUCAGAAUUGGUGUUUGUCUUCUGUGUUUGAGGAGUAUCAGCUAUAUGCUGGUGCUAAAUCCAGGACAGCGGAUUUAACAUUUAUAGAGAUGUUUGACAUCCUAACUCUUAGGCAGUGUCUCUACAGCAUCAUCUACCAGUACCAAGGUGCUUCAAAGAAGCGCAGGUUGAUGUAUCAAGGUGAGACUACGCAGAAACCUCCCCGUUUGACAUCGUUUUAG